CGCGCGAGGCGGCCACAAAAGCUGGCAUUUUCGCCUCUACCUGUCAGCUGCGGGCCAAAUUGGCCGCUCUCGGGGCGGCCAUUCCCACACGGACCGUCUCGCGUUCUGAGGCCGUUUUCAGUGGUUGCAUGCCAGGUGAGAGAUGUGCAUAGCCGAUCCAGUUCGCGCUUUUAGCGCGGAGUGCGAGAAAAAUCGGGGCCGCGUGCCGCGAACCAAGCCACCGAUCGCCGCUCGCGACUCAUUUGCAAACGCCGCUGGAAUUCAAUCUUUGCUAGAGGACCAAUUGGACUGCUUUGAUGCAGACUAAAGAGGCACUGGAAUGGCGGUUGCUGCACCUGCGGAAGGCAAAGUUGCGCCAAGCGAAAGGCACCUCAUACAUCCUUGCUGCGUUUUCCAUGUCGACCAUGACGGAGCUGCAAGUGGACAUCGACACGAAUGUUCCGGUUUGGCUAUUCACCCUGUUCGCCGUGAACACGGUGACCCUGGUGGCGGUGCACAUCUUCUCGCUGGUGAUCAGCACGUGUCUGAUGCCGAGCAUGCAGGCCGUCACCGAAGAGUACGAGCCGCCUCUGCCGGGGGCGGACAAGAUUUGUAGCGUGCCCGACUUCUCGCCACACAACCGCCUCCGCAAAUUCGUCAACCUGAGCGUGACGCUGUCCAACGUGGUGGGCCUGUUCCUCUUUCUCUUCGAGGUGGUCCUGCUCGCGUGGGUCAAGUUCUGGGACUACACGAGGGCCGCCUGCUGGGCCGGCUCCAUGGUGAUGGCGCCGGCGCUCGUGCUCUUCCUCAUCUUCUGCUGGCACUUCAACAGGGUGCUCGGUGAGUGCGCCUACCAGGUGCGUGACAAGGAAAUCAGGGAAAUGCAGACGGAGCUAUCCGGGGCCGUCGAGGACACUAGCCCGCCGGGCAAAGUCAAUUUUGCGUUUGCUGACGAAACUGUCUCGUACAAACCGUGAUUAUUUACUUUAAUCUUUCUUGAUUUAUAUAAUUGGAAUUUAUUACUUGAGGCAUUGCGAUUUGUUAGCUCUCUUUAAGGUUCUUCAAAAUUUGAAGUAGUAGUUGUUUGUUGGUCUCUUAAAGUGUUUGCAAGUUAGAACGAAAGGCACAGAAGAAUUUUAUUAUUUGGUUAACUAUGGCUGUGAAACGCAAAAAGCUUUAGCGUGCCGGAACUUAUGUGUUGAGUUUUCUUCUUCUUGCCAUGGAAAAUGUUAUGCAUAUUUUAUUGGUGCAAAGUUAAAAACAUUAAUGCCACCUAUUCCUUCAAUUUUCACGACAUAUAAAAAAGUAUGAAAAAAUGCUUAUUAUAAACUACACCUUUACUGAGGAGAGAGGCUGAUUAUUGAACAUCUUCCUUUUUUGGGAGGGGGUAUCAGGAUAUGUAUUAUGACAGUAUGUUAUUAUUUAUUAUUGAUGUGGAUGGGCAGAGCAUGAUUAAAUUAAAUUAAAACGAACAAUUUUAUCGUUAUCGCAAGGUGAUUGUAUGGAGCAAAUACUUGGCCGGUAGCAUAGUUUUUAUGAUUUAAAAAAAUCUAGAUGAAAUGAAUAUAUAUCCAAGUUUGUAUACGGUCAUUAUUGAAUUAAUGGAAUUAAUAUAAAAUAUGAAGUAAACAUUUAUGAAUUUCUCUCAAAUUUAUUUUUUAUUAUAUCAAUACUGGCCAUACAAUCUUUACAAAAAUUUUGAAUUCUAACUGAAAUUUUAUGUUAUUUUUAAAAAUAACAUUGCAGAUAUAUAGCGCAUCGAGUUGCUUUGGAUAAUAGUGUCCACCUAAGGAAAUAGAGGAAACACGCACAAUGGUAUUAAUGACCAUGGAUUAUAAAUACACGAGUGUAGUUUCUAUUUACUAAGUCAAAUUUGAAACAAGCACAAUUUUACCAAAAAGUUAUUAAAAUAUAUUUUUAAAAUAUAAUGUAACAAUUUGCAUUUUUACCGCUUCAAAAAAAAAUUGCAGUGACAAGAAGAUAGCAAAUCAAUGGAACUCUACGCACUAUCCCUUGUGCAAACGGUUUUAUUCCGCGUAAAAAGAGUGUGAUUGACGUGCCGAGAGCCGAAAAUACACUCUCACAGUGUUGGAUUCCUUUGCGCAGCAAACAUUCAUACACACUUUAGGCAAAACGGCGCGAGGAGCGGAGCAAAAGCAUUCAAAGUGUAAAAUUGACAAUUUCGAGAGGAUCAGAUUGUGCUGAAGCAGAGAGAGGAUGAGGUGUGUAUGUGUGGGGGCGCGAUUUGAGUGUGACAGACAGGUCCAAUCUCGCUCUCUCACCUUGCCAGAGAGCAGUUUGAAUGGCUGCUGCGGAAAAAACGUGUUUUCCGACGCGUGGCUAGUUAGCGCCUUUCAUUUAACAACUGUUCAGCCUGUUUUUGUGUGUGUUUAUUCCUGAUGGAAAGUCUGCGGCUGUGUGUGCGUGCGUGAGAGUGAGAGAGAGAGAGAGAGAGAGAGAGAGAGAGAGAAACCAUUAUGUUGUCUAACAACGUGUUAUCUCGACACUCUGCUCUCGCCUGGCAGCCACACAAUGGGAAUAUUAUUUCAUUUCAGGACGCGAUUUUUCUCUCUCGUUUAAUUCCUGCUGCUGUUGCUGCUGUCUGUCGAGUGCACUUUUUUGUCCUGUCACUUCCCCAGGGCUGGAAAUGUGUUGUGUAGUACUUGGUGUGUGUUUUGUUGUGGUGCGCGCUGCGACGAGCAAAUAACAAGCAAAUGGAAAAACGGCCAUUUAUGACACAAUGCACUCGCUCCUCCAACUCGUAGAUUUAUCUGAAAAAAUUUGCUGUGUAAACAGAUUCAUUUAUUAUAUUUGGAGUAUUGUUGGAUGUUUGAGCUCUGUUGUUGGAUGUUUGCGCUCUGUUCGUAAAAUUACGUUUUAAAGUUUCGAAUUUUUAGAAUCAUUUCACUCAUUCCUUGGGCUCGCUUUGAAUUUUUAAGUUCGUGAAGUUUGAAAAUUGGAAAUAGUUUUAAUUGUAUUGUCAAAACGCUUAAUUUGUUUGAUAAAGUCAGCUUAUAUUUGACUGUCUUUAAGAAAAUAGGGAAAUAGGGAUGAAUUUAUAAUAACACAUAAGUAAUUUUAAUUCGUAUAAAUAAACUAAUUAAGUCAAAAUUUCACAACGAAAAUAUUUUUUUCAAGAACUGCAGACAAUUCUCGGCGCACUAAUAAAUAUUAAAUUUAAAAAAAUGUGAUACCUCCGCACUGUCAAAUCAUGGUUGCGGCACAUGUGACACAUGAAUAAUUGGUGUUCUUCCCUCUUUUCAUAUUUUUAAACAUUUAUUAAACACACGUGUGUAAUAUAAGCCAACAUGGUCUCAGAUAGAUUCCGGUCCCAAAUUUUGCACUGACCAGGGGUUGCACCACUUUC